UAAAUAAAUAAACGAUGCAUGAGAUGAGAUGAGAUGAGAUGAGGCGCAGAGAGAGCGGCACGUGAAUUCAAUUACAGCGAGUGAGCGAGUGGGUGACGAACCUCUUUCAUUCUUCUUUGUAUUUUGCUGCUUCUGCUGCUUCUCCUUCUUCCUCUUGGGUUUGGAAUAUCGAAGCUGGUAGAACCCUAGCUAGGGUAGGGUUAGCUUUUUCUUUUUCUUUUUCCUUUCUUUUCCCUUUUUUUUUGGGAGCUAGAAUGGAUCGCAAAAGGGGACGGCACGAACACCCUUUCAACGGCACCGGCAAUGGCGCCUCCAAAAAAUUCAGGCCACCUUCAGCUUCAGAAAUGGAGUCUUUUCCAACUGGUUUAGGAAGCAAAUUGAAGCCUUGCACAAAGUUUUUCAGCACCUCUGGCUGUCCAUUUGGUGAGGGAUGCCAUUUCUUGCAUUAUGUUCCUGGUGGCAUCAAAGCCGUUCAAAUGAUGAAUGCUGGUAGCAACCCUGCUCUUCCUCAAGUUAGUAGAACACCACCUGUUCCUCCAUCUUUCCCGGAUGGGUCUUCUCCUCCAAUGGUUAAAACCAGAUUGUGCAACAAGUAUAAUUCAAGCGAAGGUUGCAAAUUUGGUGACAAAUGUCACUUUGCUCAUGGUGAGUGGGAGAUUGGCAAGCCUACAAUGCCUUCAUAUGAAGACAGACAAAGGAUUGGUGGGCGAGUUGAGACUCCAGUUCAUGGAGCUGCUGCUGGCUUUGGCGCCUCAGCUACCGCUAAGAUUAGUAUCAAUGCUUCCCUUGCUGGGGCUGUUAUUGGGAAAAAUGGUAUCAACUCGAAGCAAAUCUGUCGUGUAACAGGAGCAAAACUUUCUAUCAGGGAACAUGAUUCUGAUCCUAACCUUAAAAACAUCGAGCUUGAAGGAAGUUUUGAUCAGAUCAAACAAGCAAGUUCCAUGGUCCACGAACUUAUUCUGAAUGUUAGUUCGGCUGCUGGACCUGCAAAGAAGAAUGUCACUUCAUAUGGUCCUGGUUCAAACAACUUCAAAACCAAGAUAUGUGAAAAAUUUUCAAAAGGCUCCUGCACUUUCGGGGAGAAGUGCCACUUUGCCCAUGGAAUAGAAGAAUUACGCAAGAGUGGAAUGUGAUUUAUGUUUCCUUUGCCCUUGUUUUCUCUUAGCACUUUCAGGACAAACACUUAUGAUUAGUUUACGUGGUUUUCUUUAGUGAGGAUUGAAUUGUGCAGAAUUUUCUAGUUGAAAUUUUUGUCAAUUAGCUUCCAAUGUGCCACAUGAUCUGAUUUUAGCUUCUAAUAUUUUGUUA